AUGACCUCGACCACGCAGUCCUGGGCAGCAGCUACGCAAUCAUGGGCGUCGUGGUUGCUCGAUUCCUACGCUUCCUCUGUGUCACCUAUGGCCACCGACACCUCCUUUCGACAUCACGAGGAAUCCAAUUCCACGUCAGAAUACUCCUCCCAUGACGAUGGCCAAUCGUCCGAGUCCUCCGUCUCCAUGUCCUCUGCCUAUGGACCCUAUGUCAAGACCGGCCGCGGUGGCGCCGGCAACUUCAACUGGCAGACAGACGUCCAGCUCGCCCCGCGAUCCACCUCGCCUGUUGACUUGGAAGCGAAUCGAUCACCACAACCACACUCGUCGCUCGCGGAGCGCCGCAAUGUAGCAGCCAGGUUGGAGAGCAUCAAUACCCGCGAUACGAGGCCCUUGCGCCAGAACUCUGCGCAGUAUCUGUCCGCUGGCCGCGGCGGCGCCGGAAAUUAUGUUCUCGCUGACAUGAAAUCUCUUCAACGAAGCCCGAGUUUGCCGGCAAGUUUCGCAUCUCCCGUUCCAGGGAAGCCACCUAGUCCACAGGGUCAAAAUUCAUAUCCCGUCGGAAAUGCUGGAAGAGGAGGAGCGGGCAAUUACGCAGCCGCCGCAGAUGCCAAAGGACGGGGAGAAUCAGAAAAGGAGCAAGAAGAGAGACUCGCGGCCGAACAGAGGAGAGGGCAGAUUGCGGAAGAAGUGGACGGGCUGCUACAACCUCCCCCGGGCGCUUGGCUUGGUGGCGGACGCAGGAAGAGUGAGUCGAUGUAUGAAGAUGUUUGA